GGCUGCAGAGCUGGAAGUCAAGGACAAGCAUGGCCGUGACAGGAAGACGUAUGGCCGGACUCCCGAUGGCACUGGUAAGACUGGUUUGAUUUUGAAUUGGACGUUGAUAUCUUUCUCGCUGUUCUCAAACUAGGAGACAAACGAGCAAUUGUGUCGAGGCAAACGGAUUCGCUAACACUACGUCACCGGUAGUCUUCACUGUCCCGCACACUCAUGACAUGGUCUCGCAGCUUCUGUCUCCGUCGGAGCCCAAGAACCUGUCAGAUAUCGCGGUCCUGGCGAUUUUAGGUAUUCAUAUUUUGUUGCUGUGGCUGCUUCCCCAGGCCGCGAGAGUACCCGUCGCUGCGGUGGUCUAUCUCUUCUGGCGUACUGGGUACAAUGCCGGCAUCGGGUGGCUUCUGCAUAACCAGUCUCACCACAAGACCUUGGUCCGGUGGGCCGAGAAGACCAAGAUCUUUGUCAACCCGGCGACAGGCAAAAACCCCCAUUCCAAAUUGUAUGCGUGGAUUAAACAGGAACUCGAGACCAAGAUCCCCGAGGAUUACUCGUUCGAACAGGCUCCCAUUGAGUACAACACAUGGCUCGUCUUUCGCCGCCUCGUUGAUCUCAUUCUGAUGUGUGACUUUGUCUCGUACUGUCUCUUCGCAAUCGCAUGUGGUCACCGACCGACCGACGAGAACAUUGUCGUGUCUGUUCUUCGAUGGUCCGCGGGGAUUGUAUUGGUUCUGUUCAAUCUGUGGGUCAAACUCGAUGCUCACCGAGUAGUUAAAGACUAUGCCUGGUACUGGGGCGACUUCUUCUUCCUGAUCGACCAGGAGUUGACCUUCGAUGGCGUCUUCGAGAUGGCCCCGCAUCCCAUGUAUUCUGUCGGCUACGCUGGCUACUAUGGUAUUUCAUUGAUGGCAGCGAGCUACAAAGUCCUGUUCAUCUCUAUCCUCGCCCAUGCAGCACAAUUUGCCUUCUUGGUCUUUGUCGAAAACCCCCACAUCGACAAGACUUACAAUGCGCCGCCGCCUCGCAAACGGGUCCCUGUGGGUGAACAAGACCCGGCCUCUGUAGCGUCGUCCCAAGAGCCAGGGACACCUCCGCCUCCUGGAAAUGGCGAUGAUCAAGCUCCCAAUGCGACUACGUACUCAAGCCAGCCACCGCUAUCGGUGCACAACCUCCUGGGCUUGCACAAUACGGAUCUGCACAGAAUCACCGAUUCAUCGGUCCUGCUCAUCCAGCUGCUCGUAUUCAUGGUUACGGCCUUGACUCCCUCCACUCCGUGGUAUCAAUUCGUCUUCGUGGUGAAUGCCACGCUCUGGCGCAUCUGGUACUCGGUUGGAAUCGGAUACAUCUUGACCUGCCAGUCAACCUCCAAAAGCUGGACUCGGCAUUUCGUCAAGUUUGGCGAAGAUCCCCACGAAGCCUGGAAACAGUGGAAAGGCACGUAUCACCUGAGCAUGGUCAUGUGUUAUGCUAGCUUUAUUGCUGCCGUCUGGAAGAUGUACACUCUCCCGGCAGACUGGGGCUACGGCCUAGUCUUGCUCCGCCAUGUGAUUGGCGUCGGCCUGAUUGGCCUGCAGAUUUGGACUUCCAUGAGCAUAUAUGAAUCCCUAGGCGAAUUUGGCUGGUUCUACGGCGACUUCUUUUUCGACGGCUCCUCCAAGCUGACCUACAACGGCAUCUACCGCUUCCUGAACAACCCGGAGCGGGUGCUGGGGCUGGCGGGUGUUUGGGGCGCGGUCCUAAUCACCAGUAGCGGUGCCGUCACCUUCCUUGCCAUCAUCAGCCACAUUCUUAGUCUGGCGUUUAUCCAGUUCGUGGAGCGGCCUCACAUGCAGAAGCUGUACGGCCGGAGCCUGCGUCAGGAUGCCGGUCUGGUCAAGAGCAUCAAGCGGUCUCUGCCCCCGUCUCUCAAGCAGCUGCACGGCAGCGUGGACAAGAUGUUUGACGAUUCGUUCGACUUUGUAGAAGACCUCCUUGAGAGCGCUCGGCCUAAGCUCGCCGCCGGGGUCAACACGUUCGUCAAAGACACCUCCGCCCUGUUCCACAAGUAUCCCGCCCGGGUGACCAUCUCUCGCAUCGACGCCGAUGUGGCCGGAUACGACCUCCACGACUACUCGCUCGACGUGCAAGGAUCCACGCUGGCGCACGAAGACCAAACCGACCAAGGGACAGGCCGCGAGGGAAUCAACGCCCGGAAGCCCCUCGACCGACGCGGCGAUCUGAAGAAUCUGGUGUUCGAGUAUGGGGCCCCGAUCAAGGUCCACUGGACCGCCCCUCUCAACCACAGCAAGAAGGACUGGAUCGGCUUGUACCGCGUGACGGACAACACCUCGCGCGAGGUGUCGCGCGUCUCGUCGCAGGGCCGCUGGGUCGCCGUCAACGAGGGCUCCUACGACAAUCUGACCUGCGAGAAGGGCAUCAUCACCAGCGACAUCGUGGUUCCAGGCUCUGCACGCAGUGACGGCGAGACCACCCACGACGUUGCCUCCGGCGAGAUUAUCUUCUCGGGCGACAAGCUCUUCUGGACCCAGGGCACUUUCGAGCUCCGCUACCACCACAACGGCAAACACAACGUGAUGGCAAUCUCGCGGCCCUUUGAGAUCCGCAUCUCCCGCUUCGAGGAGGAAGCUCUAGCCACCGACGAUUUCACCACCGUCCUCGCCUCCGCUGAGACCGCCCUCCUCCCCGUCGUCCGCCACUGUUUCGACCGCGACCCGGAGAUCGCUCCGGAAUCCCUCGAGGAGCAAUUUGGCAGUCUGGUCGACCGCGACGGGAAAUAUGCCAAGCGUGUGGUCUUCGCCGUGCACCAGAUGUUCGGAAUCGAGUUGGCUCCCGAAGUCGUCCGCGCCGAUGGUAACGUGCGCAACCUUGCCUGGAGAAUCUGCAACGCAAAGAAAGUCUUGGCUCCCUACAGCAUGUCCAAGUCGAAUGGCACCACGACUCCAGUGUCUGGCAAGGAUUGACUUCCUUUUGAGUUGAAAUUAGUUAUAAAACGACAGUAUUACCUUACUGUAUAUAUUUAGGUAGACUUUAUAGAAAGAAGAAUAUGAGCCUGCUAUUCAUUUC